CAAAAAUACGAAACCGCUUGAAAACAAAAGGAAAACAGUAAUUCUCCCAUAUAUAUUUUCAUAUUGGAAAAACUGCAGCGGAUAAAGUGCAAAAAGCGGAAAAGUGCAAAAAGUUUGCGGCAUUGAAAACUUUUUAAUUAUUAUUUACGUUUUGUUUGUGUUUCGUCGAGCAAAUGCACAAAAAAUAACUGUCCAGAGUGCAUGUGUGUGCGUUAAUUUCAGUGUGUUUGUGCGUCGUGAGUGUUGCAAAACGGUUUUUUCAACCAGUGAUUAAAAGCCAAAUGUCACUGUGAAAAUGUCGCAACGAGCCAAUUUUAGCAACAUCAAGAAAAACAUUCAACGACCACAACAAAACCGGCGAAUGCAGCAAAAUGCGAAUCAAGCAACUCAUUUUGAACAUUUAACUAUCUAAAUAAUACAAAAAAAAUCAAUUAAAUUGAAAAUAAUUUCGCGAAAUUAUAAAAACUCAAUUUAAAAAUGAACUGAAACAAAAACAUUUUCGAAAAACAACGCAAAAUUCAAAAAUUGGCAACAUAACUUUUGGUCUUAAAUCAAAUUCAAAAUAAAUCAACAAAAAACGAUUUUUGGCAUAGCUGCGUGCAACAAAACAUCAAAUAAUAUACAAUUAAAUUAUCUCAAAACGUCCACACGUGAAAAUGUUUUGCAUCUAACAUGAUUAACUAAAUCAAUGUAAAUUUUAAAAUCAACAAAAAGGAAAACCAAAACCGUCAGCAAACAAAAACCAGCCCAAAAUCAGUUGAAAAGCCGAGGGAAAUCUUUUUAGAACAAACGCAAAAAACCGCAAAAAUUUAAGCCACCAAAUUGGUAAACUCUUCAAAAUUAUUGGUUCGGACAUACGCAAUACUAAACACAGCAACACAACAACAACAGCAACAUCAACAGCAGCCAUAGCAACUACUACAGUGAUCACUACAGUAAAAGCAACAGCAACAAAAGCAGCAGCAGCAGAUAAAACGUGUGUGUUAGUUUGCAUAAAAAUUUCGUUUCGAUAAAAAAGCAAAGCAAAAAUAUUUAACAAAAGUAAUCGUAAUACAUGUAUUUAUAAAAUAUAUAUAUACCUAUACAUAUAUCUAUGCUUACAAAUUAUAUCGGAGAAUAUUUGGUAAACAAUUUUUGAUAAAAACAAAUCGAGUAUAUACUUAAAUAAUUAAUUAAAUAAUUAAAGAACAUAAACGUUUUGGUCCAAGUGUGCAAAAAGUGCAAGUGAGAUAAAAAUACUGAAAAGAAAAACUGAUAAAUUCAAAAUUAACAUUUGUGAAAAGGUUUACAACUAAAGAUUCUGGAUUUGGAUUAAUGCGAAAAUUUGCAAUUGAAUAUUAAGCAUUUGGCGUGUUCGGAUCUCUCACAGUUUCUGGUUAAAUUUCUAUGCCAACGCCAGUAAAAAAGUUAUCAGCAACGAUAGAAGUAGUGGCAGCAGCUGCGGAAGUGAUCACGAAACCGGAACAAUUCAACGUAACGAGGACGACACACAAGAAAUUAACUAAACAAUUGCAAAAUUCCCUUUGGCUAAGGAUUUGCAGCGGCCGAAUUGCUUUUAUGCUCUGCUGGCAGCUACAAAAUUCCACGAAAUUCCAUUUUGGCAACACGAAAACAAACAAAUCAAUUCGCAGCAGCACCACUGAAAAGCAGCAGCAGCAACAUCAACAUCGAUAUCCAAAAAUCAUUGGCAAAAAUCGUAAACAACGUCAUCGUAGUCGCCGUUCUGGCGCCGUUCAAACAACUUGGAUCCUGAAAGUUAAGGACACCGCUAAAGAUACGGCCACGGAUCGGGACAAGGGUAUAGUUAUAGGCGCAGCGACGGAGGACGCAAAACUGCUGGCAAAAUGGAUCCACAGCAGCAGUUCUGCCUCAAGUGGAACAGUUAUUCGUCAAACUUGGCAAUAACAUUCUCCAAUCUGUUCAAAUCGGAUCUGCUGGCCGAUGUCACACUAUCCUGCGAUGGCGCAGUAUUCAAAGCACACAAACUUAUAUUGGCCGCCUGUUCGAAGAAGUUCGCCGAUCUGUUCGAGAACACGCCCACAAAUGGCCAGUGCGUCAUCAUACUGGAGGCGACCACGCCGGAUAACAUGGCCGCUCUCCUGGAGUUCAUGUACAAGGGCGAGGUCCACGUCUCCCAGGAGGCACUCAACAGUUUCCUCAAGUCCGCCGAGAGUUUGCAGGUCAAAGGUCUGUCCACAGAAACGGGCCGUCUGGCGGCCCAGCAGGCGCAACAACACAUGGGUGACCUAUCGCCGCUGGACUCGCCAACGGGCAGGCGGAGCAUUAGGAACAGCCUAAGCGGCGGCAACGGCAGCAGUAUCGUUCCCGGUGGCGUCGGCAUCGGUCUGGGCGGAGGAGGAGUAACGGGGGCGAACUCGAUACCCGGCAUGGGCAUCGGCAACGGCUUGAGUUUGGCCGGCAUGGCGGCAGCCGGAGGAAUGGCGGCGGCUGCCAAUGCGGCGGCCAGCAGCCUGAGCACCCUGGCGGCCAGUGCGAAUAUCGUGGACAGAUGCGGCAGUGCCGGUGGCAACAUCAUCGGCGGAACGGCUGGCGGCAUUGGUGGCUCGCACAGCGGAGGAGCGGGAAAUAACGGAGGCGGCGGAGUAGGAGGAAUCGGAGGCAAUGGCGUGGGCAGCAGUGCCGGCAACAAUGGACCCAUUAGCCUGGGAAGCGGCGCUGGCGCUGCUCACCAUCUGGGCGGAUCCACCGGCAUCUUGAAGCAGGAAUGCGACUCCAUGAUGCAUCCGGGCAGCAGCAGUUCCUCAUCCGGAAUGGGCUACACCCAUGUGCCGCCCAUCUACCGGCCGAUUAACUACGAACCUCCGCGCAAGAGAGCCAUCGUCCGUAGUCCGUACUCGGAGCAGGAGCAGCGCGGCUCGGUGCUGCGCGAUGGCUCCAAGUCCUCCGAGUGUCCCAGCCCAAUCAACAAGCCGCCGUACCACCGACCCUCGUCCAGCGCCUCCUCCACGGCGCCCACCGAGGCAGAUACCAUGCACUCCGAACGCGCUUCGCCACAGUCCAGUCGCUACGAGAACCACAGUCCCAGCACCACAGCGGGAAAUGGCAAUGCCACCAGUGGCCUGGAUCGCAUAGUGAAAUCGGAGCGCAACAAUGGCAGUGCAAAUGAGGCUAACGACGACGACCGCGAGCUAAUGGACGAGUCCACAGACAACGGAGCUGAGGAUCUGCGCGUGAAGCUGGAGAACUUGAAGUACUCACCGCCGCCGCCGCCGAACUCGAACACCUCGUCGACCACACCGAAUGCCCUGCUGGAGAACCUCAAGGCGGACGGCACGCUCUCGAGCAAUCUGGCCGCCUCGAUAGCGCCGGCGGACAUGCUGAACGUUUGGAACGCGACCAAGAUGAACAACAAGAACAGCGUAAAUACGGCCGACGGGAAGAAGUUAAAGUGUCUGUACUGCGAUCGCCUGUACGGCUAUGAGACGAAUCUACGGGCCCACAUCCGGCAGCGUCAUCAGGGCAUCCGGGUGCCGUGUCCCUUCUGCGAGCGCACCUUCACGCGGAACAACACGGUGCGGCGACACAUUGCCCGGGAGCACAAGCAGGAGAUUGGAUUGGCGGCGGGAGCAACCAUAGCACCGGCUCACCUGGCCGCAGCGGCUUCGGCAGCAGCGGCGGCAACAGCGGCGGCCAGCAAUCAUUCACCAUAGGAAGCGGCCGCAACAGCAGCGGCAUCAGUAGUCAUGAACGCCCACAAGGAGGCGGCAAAGCAGCGCAAACGUAAAUCACUCAAGAUGGCACUCGAGAAGUGCAUGCAGCGAAGGGAUGCAAUGGUGGCGGAAACAACAACGAACGCCACGGAGACGACGGGGGCAGGAGGAGCAGCAGGAGAUGGGGCAGAAAAAGAGGCAGUGGAUGGGGCAGCAUCGGAAGAGGGAGCAACGCUCACCUACGAACAGCAGCAGCAGCGAAUGCACCAAGAGCUGACGCAGCAGAUCAGGGCGGCCAUGGCGGCGGAACAGGCGGCCGAGGCCAUGGACUCCACCAUAAACACCACGGUUAACACAACCACCACCACUACAACCACCACGAACACCACUGGCACCACCAGUGAUGGUUGCAGUGAUGCGGAGGCCAGCGAUGGCAGUGAUCGACCCAUGGAAGUGGACGAGGAGGAUCAGGCGCCGGAACCGCAGCCAGGAUCCGAACUCGUGGUGGUCGAGCCCAAGAUCGAGGUGCUAUCGGAGUCCGAGGACGAUGACGAGGAAGAUCGUCUGCACAUGUCCGAAACGGAACCGGUUAUCCAGGCCGAAGCCAUUUACGAUCACAUGCCCCAAACGCCCACCAGCCCCCCACCCCCACCACACACACAAACGCCCACUUUGACCUCCACGCCCAAGGUCAAUGUGGAGCAAUAGGAUGAGGAGAAACGCCCCCCAAAGAAGCUGCUUAGAUUUAGGCUAAGAAUCGAUGAUGAUGAUGAAGAUGGAGUGAAAGAUGAGUGAUUUACGAAAAACGAUUUACGCGCGCGCAAGAAAAAGAAGAUGAUGAUAUAUGACUACUGAUGCAACUGCUGUUGCCCUCGGAGACCACCUACCAGGAUGACAAGUGAAGUCCCUUGAAACGGGGAAAAAUGAUUAAUAUAAUAACUGAAAACAAAGAAUUACUAAUAUGAUAAGAUUUACACCAAACA